AUGGCCAUUGACCAUCUUGGCAUUCGGGUCCCGCCCAUGAUGUUUUCUGCUACCCUCACUUUUUAUCUUUCUGCCCUCAAGCCGCUUGGCUACAAAGAGAUGAUGAGGCCGAUCGAAAAUUGCGUUGGUCUCGGUAUCGACCGUCCUGAAUUCUUUAUAACUGCCGACACCGAAGUCCAUGCGAACCAAAAGAUACAUCUCGCUUUCAAAGCCGAAAACCACGCGACCGUUGAUGCCUUUUAUUCCGCCGGUAUUACAGCAGGUGGCACUUGCAAUGGGCCUCCAGGGCCACGACCCGAAUACAACCAGCCAUCCUAUUACGCUGCCUUCGUCUUCGAUCCAGUCGGGAACAAUAUCGAGGCUUCAUAUGAAUAG